UCCACAUCCUCCGGUCCGUCUUUCCGGUUCAUGAGCAAUCCUGGGUCUCGAGGAGUAGGAGGACACACCGGCGAGCUCGCUCACCUCAGUCUCAAUCCGUCCUCGACGGGCCAUCCCGUGUCACACAUGUUCUGCUGAGGCCGCGCGCCCCGAUCGAUAACCGACCAUGUCCACCGGGUCGCUUAGCGACGUUGACGACGAGCUCCUGGACGGCAUCCUGAAGUUCGGCUCUUCCGGUAAAGACUCCGGUACGUCGAACGAGAGCACCGGGGAGAGUUCGAACUGCGAGGGCGGCUCGGCCAACGACAAAUCAGCUAAGGGAAAGAAACGGAAAACAGCGUCCGGUAGGAAAACGGCGCUGAACGGCGUGGCGCACGAGGGGGGUGGCAAGCAGCCGCAGAGGAACGCGGCCAACGCACGGGAGAGGGCAAGGAUGCGCGUGCUAUCCAAAGCGUUUUCCCGUUUGAAGACGACUUUACCGUGGGUCCCGCCGGACACCAAGCUCUCCAAACUGGACACACUUCGCCUCGCCUCGAGCUACAUAGCCCAUCUACGGCAGAUCCUCGCCAACGACAAAUACGAGAACGGAUUUAUCCACCCGGUGAACCUGGUGAGAGACACACCACACAAAUUCAAAUCAAUCACAUUUAUUUUAUACCGCCGUUUUUUAAAUAAAAUGUAGGCCUAACUCCUUUUUACAUCAGCAGUUUUCAGGCCACACAACUCAAAAUCCCAAAGAGUAAUCAGAGCAGAAGCUAAUUUAACACAGCGGCCAGGAGAAACUCCCUGAGCAUCGACAUAACAUAACACACUCAGAGAGCCAGAGAGUCUACUAAUAGUCUAUCUUUGAGUCUACUAAUAGUCUAUCUUUGAGUCUACUAAUAGUCUAUCUUUGAUACAAUUAAAAGUGAUCCGAAUUCUCGUCGUUGAAUCAAACAGAUCAGCUGAGUUUGUGAGGGAGGGUUAUUUCUGCAUGGCCUUCACUCUGUUUGUUUGGAGAGGUUUGGAUGGUCCUAUUUUGGAAUAGCCUAUGCGACUUGGGAACAUUUUCUUGUUUACCCAAUAGCCUUUGGUCUGCACUAUAUCAUUCACACAAUAACCGAUCAAUAAUAUUCCCCAAUUCAUAAUUUCACAACAGGGGCUGCUUUCGGAUUGUUCCCUGUUGUUUUAGACCCUCGACAAUUAGUAUUUACAGACUGGAUAGAGGAAAACAUAUAGAAUAUAGAUUUAUUCAAGUAGGCCUAUUAUUAGGAUAUUUAGAAGUCAGGCUUACUUGAAAGAUGCCAAGGAAAAAAAUAAGCCUAAUGUUUUGUGUGAAGUUGUUUUCUAGACCCAGUCUAAAAUGGAUAGGCUAAUUGAGAUUACGUUUAAAAUCCUAUUGUGCGUAAAAGCAAAACAUUUUUUUUUUUUUUUUUUUUUGGUUAAUGUUGUUAUACUAUUGUUGUUGUAACACGCAGUGAGUUAAUUUGUGAUUUCCUCUCUCUCUCUCGCUCUCUCUCUAUCUCUCUCUCUUUCUCUCUCUCUCUCUCUCCAGACGUGGCCUUUCAUGGUCGCUGGUAAACCGGAGAAUGAUUUGAAAGAGAUGCUCAACACCACCCGGUUGUGUGGAACAACCACCUCAUGAUGUAACGGAUGGACAUGACAUUAACAUUAACCGUCAAGGAAUGGACAUUAUACAUUUUUUGACUUUUUCAGAUGGACAGAAAUGCACGUAAUCUCUCCUAAACCAAAUAUUGAGUGAGAAUACCCGGAGAGCGCAUGCUCUCUCACGCGAUCCCAUACAGAGAAGCUGAUUUUAUAUUUAAAGUGUUCACAUGUUGCCUUUGCUGGUUCGAGGACAUAUUGUGUUUCUGUUUUGUAUACGUUUUUUAUACUCUUAAAAUGCUUUAUAAAACUUUGUCACACGAGUAUUUGUUUUACAGGUGAUGUUGUCAGUCACCGCGUUGGAAGUGCACGUGAAACAUGUGUCAAUAGCCUAUCUGAAUUAGCCAGAUUUUAUGUGAAUAAAAUGUAUUCAUC